CUCGUGCUUUGUUGACCCACCUCCCCAGUGACCCCGCAGUGGACCGAUGGUCAUUGGUUUGGGUAGCUUUGUGGUCAAUUUGGGCUGCACCGUCUUCUUGCUGGUUCGCCUCGAGCUGAUUCUGCCGAUCUUGAAUGCUUUCCUCACUUCUUGGCGCCGUGCACGAGGCUGGAGCAGUAGUGAUGCUGUUCUGGAGGUUGGACCCAGGAUUGCUCUAAACAUGCAGUUUGUGAUUCAAGAGAAGCUGGUGCAGAAGGUUCGCUGCGGCGUGAGCCUUUUCCUCGUGGCCAUCGCUUUGCUGUUCACAUGCUAUCUUCCGCGCAUCCCAAUGCUGUGUUUGAUGGCCUGCCUGUGGGACGCUGUGGCCGUACUACUUUCACCUCAUGAGCCUCAGAGUCAACUCAUGUGGAAAGAUGACCGGCACGGCAUCCCCUAUGGACUGCAAGCAGGCAGCUACUCUCAACAUAUGGUUUUCACUGGUGGCAUUUCUUUGGCUUGUUACGUCUUGGGUGUGGUCCACUUCAUCCUUGAACGUUUCGGCACCGAGGGCUUUCAGGACUGCGACUUCGCCGGUGCCUCGAGCGGCAGCUGGGCAGCGAUGGUGGCGCUCUUGGCCACGCAAGGCGCUGGGCGUGUGGAUGUGCUCUUCCAAUCAGGCGUCCUCGCUGCCGUCUAUGUGGUCCACUUGUUCCCAUUCCCCUUCUCGUUGCUUCUGCCGGGCUGCCAAGCCAUUGAGAGCUUUGCGGCCUCCUUGGCAUGGCUCGCCAAAGUGAAGGCUCCAGGAGCCUAUGAGGCGGUGACCUCCAAAGGGAAGCUCUUGAUUUGGUUCUUCGCCUUCAGCCUGCGGCGCUUCAAGGGUCGCCGCUGCUAUCGCUUCGCCGUGCGCGGCGGACCAGACUUCGAGAGCCCCAACCGGCUAGGAGCGGUGAUUGCGGCCACCAGUGUCUUCCCCUUCUUGACGUCACCACGGCUCUGCAGCGGCCUCCAAUGCUUCCCUGCUGUAAUGGAUGGAUAUUUCCCUGGCAAGGGAGUGAGUUUUUUGCCCGUGCCCGACAUGAUUGCACCAUGCGUGGGCAACACUCUGCUGUUUGAUAUCAGUGGAGGACUGCGAGACUUCUAUGCAGGUGAUGAGCGAGUGCAAGUUCUGGAUAUCCAGUCCUGGGAGAACUUCAGCUGCUGGGAUUACACCGCAUGCAGUCCGAUGGCGGUGGAGGAGCUCUUCGCCCGUGGGGUGCGUGGAGCUCAUCGUCAUGUCCUGGAGGUCGACGCAGCAGUGAAGGCUGUUUUCGGCCUGGAUCCCUUGGAGCCGCGCCUGCUGGGUGGGUAGAAGAGGCACAGAGUGCAUGGAGUGUGUCCUUUUUCGAGCAAGGCAUGCAGCAUGGCUUGACCCCCAAGUGGUGGUCCUCACCGCGCUUUGGAGUUGCCGAUCCUUUUGGUUCCUUUUGGUCGG